AUGGAGCCAUGGCGACACGGCCUCCUGCUGGCGCUCUUACUGGGGUGGGCAGUCGAUGGCUGGGCCGGAACGGUGCUCACCAUCAUCACACCCGGCCCUCAGAGCCACAUGUUUGGCAUGAAGAAGAUCACAUUGGAAAUGGCUGCGAGAGGACACAAAGUGGCGUUCCUCGCAGCAGAGAAGGAUGCUGAGCGGCUGCGUCCGACAGAUGUGAAUGUCAUGUCUUACCCUGUGCGUCCAUGGAAGGGGCAGACAGCUACGGGUAGCAUCCAGCUAGCGGGGCCGCACAGCCUCAUAGCGACUGUGGCCCAGUACCAGCCCAUCGCUGGCAACUCCUGUGACAGCCUCCUGGACAACGCCUCUGUCAUGGCUCAGAUCCAGGACUUUGGGGCAGAGCUGCUCCUGGGGACCUCUAUGUUCCCCUGCGUGAACAUCCUGGCGUCUAGACUCGACCUGCCCUUUGUGAAUUAUUUUGGCGCGUCCCCAAUAGAACCCUUCCUCACCUCCCUCUGGCGCGGCAGCAACCGCCGCUUCUUCACCUCAAACCCCCUCAGCUACGUGCCCCAGAUGGAGCAGGACUUUGCCACACAGUACCUGAGCCUUGCGCAGCGGCUGCAGAAUUUCGUCAAGUACUGGCAGACGCACCUGUUCGACUACCUGUACGUGCGGCCGGGGGUCCUCAAAACCUACCGGCAGCACGGUAUAGACUUGGACACGCCAAGGGAACGCCGUCGAAUGGUCCUGACGCUGUGCAUCGCGGACUUUGCAAUUGAGUGGCUGCGGCCGAUGCCGCCGGAUUUCAAAAUGAUCGGCCCCGUGCUGCCUGAGCCUGCCCAGCCGCUGCCCGCUAAUCUCGAGGAGUUCAUGGCGGGAGCUGGGGAAGAGGGUGUGCUGUACAUUGCCAUGGGAACAGUUGCGACACUGGGGCUGAAGGAGAGGCAAGCAAUGGCAGCUGCGUUUGCUCAACUGCCGGUGCGUGUGCUGUGGCGGCUGUCCAAGUCUGAGGUGCCAGAUGAAUCAUCCAUCGCAGAGCUCAACCUGGGCAACAACACCAAGGUGGCGACGUGGCUGCCUCAGAACGAUGUGUUGGGCCACCCCCGCACGAGGGCGUUCCUGUCACACUGCGGCGCAAACAGCCUCUAUGAGGCAGCGUACCAUGGAGUGCCUAUUGCGGCGCUGCCCUUCUUUGGGGACCAGCCGGGCAAUGCUGGGCAGGCAGUGGCAAGGGGGAUGGCUGUGCCUGUGCGGCACAGUGACAUCGGCACAGAGGCGUUCCCUGCUGCGCUCGCCGAGCUUCUCGGCAACGGCAGUUACGCGGCAGCUGCCAGGAGCAUCUCCGUGAAGCUGCGCGCGCGCAAGCGCACACCGGUGCAGGAGGCAGUCGAUUGGAUCGAGCAUGCGCUGGCCACAGGCGGGAAGGCGUACCUCCGCACUCCAGAGCACGACCUGCCGCUCUUCGUUUUGUGGUCGCUGGACGUCUGGGCCAUAUUCUUAGUCAGCGCAGCAUUAGUCAUCUAUAUCUUCAGUAAACUGACGCAGCUGAUUGCUUACGCACUCAGCAGAUCAUUGGAAAAUGGCGCCGCAAAAAAGGCUGCAUGACUCUUCAGUUUAGGGAGCGCCGAACCUUAUGGCCGAUAACCUGAAAAUCGUAUUCGCAGCAAUGACAUGUGAUGGCAGUCACCAUGCCAGGGCGUGUCUUUAAUCAGCGCUUUCAGAGCGUGUUCCCCGGGGCUUCAUUAGGGAAUACAGAUCUCUUCGGGAGCAGCAAUGCCUGCCUACCAUUGCCUUUGAGGUCUGUGUCUGCUCCAAAUCACGGGUCUGCAAGGAGGCUGCAAUUGCCCUGUAUCACCAGGAAUCUUUCCAGUAAUAGUCUUGCACUUAGCACAGACUGCCACGCGGCCUGUUUUACUUCUUCUUCUUCUCAUGUGGAGAUUCCCACAUGUUGCCUAGACUGAAUAAGCACACCAGGGUGCACAUUAGCGUGCCUGGUGCCUACCUUGAUUUCAUUGUAUGUAUGUUCUAUUAAAAAGGAACAUUGAAUUGGUUAAUGGUGUUCUAUAGAGGAUGAUUCAAGCCCGGUGCUUGACUAGUACUGCUGUACUGCAAAUGGCGAGGUGGGUGGAGAACGGGCCGUCUUUAGGACGGAGCAGUCCUUCGAGGGGAUUACGGGGAGAUGGUGCACUUGAAGGGAGUCUGUCAUGUCACACAGAGCCAAUAGACUUUUUAAACAAAUGUUUGGUUGAUGGCCACGGGCUGUUACUGACAACUU